GAUGGCCAGACCGACCGCGGCGCCCUGCUCGUGUCACUGGCCGCCGACGGCUCCGAGCUGCUGGCCUCGCCGCUGACCCCGAGCUUUUGGCGUCCCGUCACGGACAACGACUACGGCGCCAGCCUGCAGGUCAGCCGGCGCGACUGGCGCGAGGCUGGCAGCAGGAUGCGGCCCGUGCGCGAGCCGAUGGCCGCGGAUGGUGCGGUCGAGGUUGACCUGGGAUGGGACGCCCCUGUGCAGGCGGCAGAGGACCAGAUGGGACAGCUCGGCCUUGCGCUGCAGGGAGCCACGCUGCGGAUCAGGUACGAUCUGUCGGCGGAGCAGGGGCUCCGCGUGGAGGCUUGGUGGCGCCCGCUGGGCGCGGGCGGCAACGCGACGGAGGCCCGCCGGCUCGACGGGCCCGCGCGCGUCGGGUUCGUGGCCGACCUCGUGCCCGGCCUCGAGGAGGUCGAGUGGUUCGGCCCCGGCCCGCACGAGUCCUACGUGGACCGCCACACGUCCGCGCGCGUGGGCUUGCACGGGGGCUCCAUUGCUGGCCAGACGUUCCGGUACGCCAGGCCCCAGGAGAACGGGAACAAGCACGAGGCGCGCUGGAUGCUGCUGCGGGGCGGCGCGGGGGGGCCCGGGCUGCUCGUGGCCGCGGCGUCGCCCUCCCUGGCCCUGGGCAUGCAGUGCCACAGGUUCCGCCUGUCCGACUUCGACGGCCCGCAGAGGAAGGAG